GAUGUUGAUGGUUCUGGCCGUAGUGGUGGCUCUGUCAUGCCUAGUGAGCUGGAGCAGCGCCAUGCCUGAGCCUGACCCCAAAGCUGACCCCAAGCCCGAAGCUGGACCUGGUCCCGUGGCUGACCCCGACCCCAUCGCUGUCUCUGGCCCCUUGACUAUCCCUGACCCUCUGGCUGACCCUAGCUAUUAUCCCUAUAGUGGAAUCGGAUACAGUGGAUACAGCUACGGUAGUCCUGUAUACAGCUACGGAGGUCGUGGAUACGGAUACGGAAUUCCUGGAUACGGAUACGGCAACUAUGGAUACGGUGGAUAUCGCGGUGGCUAUUACGGAUAAACAAAACCAUGAUACCGGACCGUUACUUACCUACUUACUAAUCUUUCCGUAGAAUCUCUUCCAGUAGUUCUUCUCAAAUAAACUAUAUGAAUGAAGA